GAAGUUGGUGAAGUUGUAGUUUACUAGUACUGUAGUACACGAAGGCGUGGAGCCGAAGCUUGAACAAUGGACCAGAUGCAAAGCACAUAGUUAAGCUGCUAUUUUCAAGUUCAAAGUUGUAAACAUCAAGCUUGAUUGUCGGAGGGAAGGAAGACUUUAAUUAAAAAGUAGUUUGAACAUGCAGAUUUGUUCGUACAAUGUAAAAUAUGAUCAUUCAACUAUUGCAUAACUUUGCUUUUUCUUGUCCAUUUCUAUUCUAUUUCAUGGAAACCUACUGGAAGGUAUUGAUUUCUAUUCAAAAGUGGAGCCCUCAUUUCGACAAUAAAUCUACGUCUUCCUCCGGUCUCCCCAUUCUCAUCACAUCUCAUUGAAAUUCUAUUCCCAAAUCCCAAUGGCCGAACUCGGAAUCGUCCUUGCCGAAAGGCUCAUUGAAGUUACCGGGUCUGCAAUCAUCAAAGAGAUUUGUGACAAGUGGGGUUACAAAUCUCAACUCCAAGACCUCAUCAAAACUGUCUCUACUAUCAAGAACGUCCUCCUUGAUGCUGACUCCAAGAGGAAGCUCCCCUACGAAACACGAGGCUAUAUCGAGGAUCUCAAGGCUGCUAUUUAUGAUGCUGAUGAUCUGUUCGAUGAGUUCUUCAUCCUUGCUGAGCUCAAGUUGCUUGAUGGCAACAAGGAUGAUAAAUUCCUUAAAAAGGUACGCCGCUUUUUUUCUGGUAAGAAGAAGGAGGUAAGUCAAGCUUAUAGAAUGUCUCGUCAGGUUAAGGACAUUAAGAAGCAGUUGGAUACUAUUGUUAGUAACCAUCACAAAUUUGGGCUUAGUGUGGACUAUAAUCCUAUUUGUAGAAGGAGGGAGGAAACUUGCUCCUACGUGGAUGCAGGGGAUAUCAUUGGGAGGGAGGACGAUAAAAAGGUUGUCAUUGAUAUGUUGUUAGGUCCCAAUGAUGUUCAGGAAAGUUUCCGCUUUGUGACUAUUGUGGGAGUUGGAGGAUUGGGUAAAACUGCUCUUGCCCAACUUGUGUGUAACGAUAACGAGGUUGAAGCCGAGUUUCCGGAUCCCAAGUUAAGGUUGUGGGUUUGUGUGUCCGAUCAAGAUGGGGAGCAGUUUGAUGUCAAGGUCAUUCUUUGUAAAAUUCUAGAAUUAGUUUCUGGUAAAAGGCCUGACGAUACCUCCUCAAUGGAGCUGGUGCAAAAGCAAUUUCAAGAGCAGUUAAGAGGAAAGAAGUACUUGCUUGUUCUUGAUGACGUAUGGAAUGAAGAUUGUGAGAAAUGGCGUAAUCUGUGCAGGUUCUUAACACUGGGUCAAGAGGGUAGUCGGAUUGUGGUGACUACACGUUCGGAGAUGACUGCAAAGAUUAUUGGAGAAAAACAUACACACAAGCUGCAAGGUUUAUCCGAAGAGAAUUCGUGGCUCUUGUUUGAAUCUGUAGCAUUUGAUAAAGGGGAACACGAGCACGCAAGUCAUCUUGAAUUAGUUGAAAUUGGGAAGAAGAUUGUUGAAAAAUGCUACAACAUCCCACUUGCUAUAAAGGCGGUAGGAAGCCUUCUAUUUGGGCAGCCUGUGAAUAAGUGGCAGACAUUUGAGCAUAGCGGAUUUGCUGGAAUUGGAAAAGGUGAUAAUGAAAUUAUGUCUAUACUAAAGCUUAGUUAUCACAACCUUAGACCCUCUUUGAAGAAUUGUUUUAGCUACUGUGCACUGUUCCCCAAAGAUUUUAGACUCGAAAGGAAAGAGUUAAUUAGCCUUUGGAUGGCACAAGGAUACAUUGCGUCGCUGGACAGAGAUCAAAGCGUAGAAGAUGCAGCAGAGGAGCAUUUCCUGAUUUUGGUACGCAGAUGUUUCUUUCAGGAUGUGAAGAAGGAUAGAUAUGGUGAUAUUGGGUCUGUGAAAAUCCAUGACUUGAUGCAUGAUGUUGCUCUAGAAGUGGGGAGGGAGGAAAUAGCCAUGGUGACUUCUAAUACAACCAAAUUGGGUGAUAAAGUUCGUCAUGUGUAUUUUGGUCGUGGUACCUUUUCACAAAAUUACUCAUUGAAGAGUAAGAUGCGUUCGUUUAUUUCAAGGGGUAAAUUAGGUUAUGUGGUGAAUGCACAUAUUGACAACUGGAUGUGUGUAAGGGUGUUGGUUUUGCGGGGUGCGGGUAUAGUACGGUUGCCUGAUUCAAUUGGUAAGCUACUGCAUUUAAGGUACCUUGACCUUUCUUUUAAUUAUAAUUUAGAGGGACUAUCUGAUUCUAUUAGUAGACUACAUAACUUGCAGACAUUAGAUUUAAAUCAUUGCGGUGGAAAAUUGAGGGAGUUGCCAAAAAAAUUUAGCGAAUUGAUAAAACUUAGGCAUUUGGAUUUAAAUAGUUGUAAAAAGUUAACUGGUAUGCCUUGCAUGGAUAAAUUGACUAAUCUUAGGUACUUGAAUAUAAGUUAUUGUCAAGAGUUGAGUAGUUUGCCUUCGAGCAUGGAUAAAUUGACAAGUCUUAGACACUUUGAUUUAAGAGGUUGUUAUAGCUUAACUAGUAUUCCUACAACCAUGGGUCAGUUAGCAAGUCUUAGGCACUUUGAUUUAAGUGAGUGUCACAAUUUAACUAGUAUGCCUAUAGGCAUGGAUAUGUUGACAAGUCUUAGACACUUUGAUUUAAGUAGGUGUGAUAAGUUAACUAGUAUGCCAUCAGGCAUGGGUAAGUUGACUAAUCUUCGGGUGCUACCAUUGUUUGUGGUGGGUAUGGAAAGGAGAGUUUCUAUAGAGGAGCGAUGUAUGGGAGACCUGAAAGACCUAAAACCCCUGACCAACUUGAUAGGUGGCAUAGAGAUCAAAAUCGGCAAAAACUACAUGAAUGAUGAUGGAGGAGGAGGGUAUUUGAAGGGUAUGAAACAUCUCACUGAGGUUGAAAUUCUAUUUUCUUAUGAAAAUGAUGGAUGUGUAGAGUGGGAAGGGGUGAUGGAAAAACUAGAACCACCUUCGAAUCUCAAGAAAUUUGUCUUGAGGUAUUACAAGAGUACUAAAAUUCCAAGUUGGGGUAGAGCACAGGAUAAUUGGGCUAUUUCUUUCCAACACCUUGUCAACAUUCAUUUUAAAUGUUGUAGCAACUUGGUGCAGAUUCCACAGUUGAGUAAACUGCAUUUUCUGAAAUCUCUAUCUCUUGAUAGAUUGUGGAAGUUGGAGUACAUAGAAAAUAAAAGCAGCUACACUGGCAAUGAACGUGAAGAAUUGAUGACAUUCUUCCCCUCCCUUGAAACUCUCGAAAUUUGCAAACUCAAAAGUUUGAAAGGAUGGUGGAGGGAGGAGGAUUUGGUUGAGGGUGAUGAUGACCAUAUCUUGAGGAGUAGCUUCACAUUUCCUCGUCUCUCCAAAUUGGUUAUCUAUAUGUGCCCCAAGUUAACAUCAUUUCCUUCAUCUCCAAGCCUCGAAAAUUUGGACUUGAAUGACGUGGGUCUUCUCAAGUCAAUGCACAGCUCCCAAUUUCUUAAUAACCUCCACAUAAAAUCCAAUGGGAAGGUGGUGAGUUUAUCAGAACUAGAGGAUGUAUUUCGGAGAUACACUUCUUCCUUACAAAGCCUUCGAAUUUCUUAUUGCCCAAAUUUGCAGAGACUCGGAAAAGGGGGGUUGGAGCAUCUCACUGCCUUGGAGUCAUUAGUGUUGGAUCGCAAUAAUCAACUUAGCUUCUCUGAAGACGAGGCCACUGAUGAUGGCAUGCCUUGGAAGUCCCUUCAUCACUGUCUCCGUUCCCUGACUAUCAUUGAAUGCAGUGCCAUUAAAUCACUUCCUGAAUCAAUGCAGAAACUCACCUCCCUUGAGGAACUUGAGAUCUUUAAGUGUCCAGAUGAAUUAAAAGAAAGUUGUAAACAACCCGGCGGGAAGGACUGGCCCAACAUUCAACACAUCCCCAGCAUUACAAUUAACGUCAUGAUUGCUCGAUCUGCUAGUUGUGCUGGUCAAUUGUUGUCUUGCUUAUUAUCAGCUGGCAUAGACAAUUUUUUAUAUCACCUUCAGCUUUUUGCUCCACCAGUACUUAGUAUAUCUGAGCAAAACAUGAUGCAAAAUCAUUUAAGAGCUGAUGAGAAUGACAUAGUUCGUGCAUUGAAGAUUAGCUAUUAUUAUCUUCCGUACCAUUUGAAGAGCUGCUUCAGUUAUUGUGCUGUAUUCCCCGAGCAUUACAAGAUCAAGAAGGAGGAUUUGAUCAGUCUCUGGAUGGCACAAGGGUUUAUUGUUCCAUUAGGCGGAGAGAGUCUUGAAGAUGCCGGUGAGGAGUACUUCAUGAAUUUACUGCAAAGAGGCUUCUUUCAAGAUGUAGAGCGCGCUGACAAUGGUGAAAUUCUGACAUGCAAAAUGCAUGAUCUGAUUCAUGAUCUCGCUAUAGAAGUAGCUGGAGCAGAAAUCUUGUCAUCCAGCUAUAAUACAAGCUAUUUUGAUAAGAAAACUCGGCAUCUAUUCGUCAAUAGUACUGUUGGUCGAAAAGAUUUUGGAAGAUAUUUGACCACAAUGAAAAGAAUGCGUACAAUUUUGAACAUAGGGUACCCCAACCCUUUAGAAAGCCCUGAUGUGCUGCUACCAAAAGUGAGAUAUUUAAGGGUAUUAGAUUUACAUGGGGCUUCAUUUGAAAAGCUACCAAACAUGAUAGGUGAAUUGUUGCAUUUAAGAUAUCUUGACCUCUCUUGUAAUCGUAGUUUAUCUGUGUUGCCCUUGUGCAUUACCGAGCUUUAUAACUUGCAGACAUUCUUAUUGCGUGGUUGUGAGUCACUAAAAGAAUUGCCGAGAGACUUCAGAAAAUUAGUUAAUCUUAGGUGUCUAGAUAUAUUUGAUUGUAAUAGUAUGACACAUAUGCCUCCGGGAAUGAAUAGUAUGACCUGUCUGAAUAAGCUAACUAUGUUUUUAGUUGGCGGUACAAGCAGUGCUUGCUGUUUGAGGCCAGUAGGUGCUGGUGGACUUAGCGACUUAAAGUAUCUCAACAAUCUCACUGGAAGUAUGGAAAUCAAGGUCCAUAGAGGUUUAACAUAUGAUGCAGCAGAAGCCAAGAAAGGGGGGCAUCUGAUAAACAAGCAAAAUUUACGGGGCAUAAACAUAUGCUGGACGCAAAAGCUUUGUGGAAUGGAAAACCCCAGGUUUAUUGAAGAUGACAGUGAGGGUACUAAUGCAGAAGCAUUACUUCACGGCCUGCAACCCCACCCCAAUCUAAAAUUGUUUGGAUUGUGGGAUUAUCCAGGUGUGAGGUUUCCGAGCUGGGGGAGCUCAUUGAUUAAUUUUGAAACUUGUCUCCCGAAUAUUGUUGAAAUUGAACUUUAUGGAUGUAAAAGCUUGGAGCAUCUUCCAUUAUUGAGCCAACUUCGUUAUUUGAAAUCCCUUGAACUUGUUGGAUUAAUCAAAUUGGAAUACGUGGAGAGUAUUUAUGGAGACGAGGCACCCAAAGCAUCAGUAGUGUCAAGAAAAGCAGUAUCAGUAGCAGUCCCCCGGUUAUCUUACCUGCAUAUAAGGUUGUGCUGGAACCUGACAGAUAUCCCUCUCUGUACAAAACUGGAAAAAUUGGAAAGCAGAUUCAAUUAAGCAUUGGGUCCAAUA